AUAAAAAGCCACGUCUAGAAGCCGCGGCACUUCAGUCUUUUCAAAAUAUCAUAAGGAUGGCUCUAGAACGUCAAGUGCGCGCUAAGAUUGCGGCGAAACGCAACCCCGAACAGGAGAAGGAGGCACAGGAAUGGAUCGAAUCGAUCCUUGGUAAGAAGUUUCCUCCUGGUGAGACCUUCGAAGAGGUGCUCAAGGAUGGUCAGGUCUUGUGCCAUUUGAUGAACAAGCUUUCUCCUGGAUCCGUACCAAAGAUCAACAAUACCGGCGGACAGUUCAAGAUGAUGGAAAACAUCAAUAUGUUCCAAAAGGCGUUAAAGGACUACGGGGUGGAUGACGUCGACGUUUUCCAGACCGUAGACUUAUGGGAGAAGAAAGAUAUACCCCAAGUAGUAACGACAUUGUUCGCGCUCGGCCGAACAACAUACAAACAUCCCGAAUGGAAAGGACCUUAUUUAGGACCUAAGCCAUCAGACGAAUGCAAACGCGAUUUUACGGAGGAACAAUUGCGAGCUGGCCAAACAAUGAUUGGUCUUCAAGCAGGUUCCAACAAGGGUGCGACCCAGGCAGGCCAAAGCAUCGGUGCCACUCGCAAAAUUCUUCUUGGAAAGUAAAUUAAAACGUCGGCACAGUUUGCGAAUCCUUUUUUCCAGUCGUUACAGCUAUAUCUCGUACUUUUUUGUAUGUACACAUAAAUACAUAUACAUAUAUGUAUAUUUUAUUUUACUUUUGUAAUUAAACGAUAAACGGCUGCUAUUUAUUUCCCGUCAUUUUCUUAAUGAUAACAAAUGUAUCUCAUCGUAGCGAAUUUUAAUCUUUUUAUAGUUAAUCAGAAGAUACAGCUCUGUCAAUUGAGCCAAUGAGCAUAUUGAUAAAUUGAUUUUUAUGAUUAUAAGGAAAAUACCGUUGUUAUUCAAUCAAUUAUUUUAUCUUUUUCCGCCUCGAGAUUCUAGUCUUUAAAAAUGUACAGUGUCAAUGACAGGAGUAUGCGUUUCAAAACAAGAAAGUUGUUAUUUAACCGAUUGAGUGCGCGCUUUAAAACAACAAAGUGUUACCUAAAGAAUUCCAAAUAAAGUUAGUUCUAUCCAUCCAAAA